CGAACGCAGUUAUUCGCAUACGGAGGUGCGGGCGUAUGCGGGCGAGAGGCACCAUCACCAUCAGCAGCAGCAACAACAGCAGUUGGGUUAUUCGCACGAUAAUAAUACUCAUGCGGGGCAGACGCAUGGACAACAGGGAAGAGCGGUGGAUCAGCGUUCGUCGGUGUUAGAAUCCCAACCACCUCACCCUCAACCCCAACCACGAGAACAAACACAAACGCACGCGCGUGGAUCGACUUCAAACGAUACGCGUAAUAUGGGUGCAGGCGUGGGCGUAGUCGAGCCGCGUGCGGUGGAAGUGAGGCCUAGUUUGAUGCAGAGGCAGUCUGGGAGUGAUGUGAGGGGUGUGGGUGUCGAGAGUAGGGGGUUGGUUUUGGAUUCGCAGCAGAGGGGGGUUGGGGUUGAAGUGCAGGGGAGGGCUACGGCGUUUGAGUCGCAGGGGAGGACGACGGCGUUUGAGUCGCAGACGAGGCCUACAUUCGAGUCGCAGACAAGGCCUACGGCGUUCGAGUCACAAGCGCGUCCUACGGCGUUCGAGUCGCAAACUAGGCCUACAUUCGAAUCGCAAGCGCGUCCUACGACAUUCGAGUCACAGACACGGCCAGCGGUGCUUGAGACGCAGGUUAGAGGAGUAGGAGUGGAGACGCAGGGGAGGCAAUCGGUGUUCGAGUCCCAGCCGAGGCAGACGGUGGUCGAGUCUCAACCGAGACAGACGGUUCUCGAGUCGCAAGCGAGGCCUGCGGUGUUUGAGUCCCAGAGGCAGACGGUUCUCGAAUCGCAGUCGAGGCAAACGGCGUUCGAGUCUCAACCGAGAGCUACGGCGUUUGAGUCGCAAGCGAGACCCGCAGCGUUUGAAUCACAGGCAAGACCCGCAACGUUCGAGUCACAAGCAAGACCUACGGCGUUUGAAUCGCAAGCGAGACCCGCAGCGUUUGAAUCGCAAGCAAGACCUGCUGCGUUCGAGUCUCAAGCGAGACCUACGGUUCUGGAAUCACAGACAAGACCGCCUAUGAUGUUGGAAGGUCCAGCAAGAUCUACAGGGUUCAUUUCACAGUCGCAUCCGCAGUCACAGUCACAGCCUCAGGGAUCUCAGAGGGUUGCCGGUACUGAGAGGAUGGGCAAGGAAGAUGUCGUUCGGGAGAUCGUUCAGCAUUGUACGGCGCUGUAUAAGUUUGCGGAUCAUUAUGGUGCGAUUUUCCGUUUUGUUUUUUUUCUUUUGGUCGAGUUUUACGUUUUUGGUCGAUGUUUGUGUUCCUCUGUUUCAUUUUUCAUGCUCUUAACGAAAUGAUACUUCAUACCCCCCACUUUCCAAUCUCAAUU